GUUAGCUUUGAAUGGAUUGAAAAGUGUUUGAAUUUACAGUGCAACUGAGAGGGUAACAGCUUUCCACCGCGGAUUCGAUCGCGCGCUCGAUCGAACCGGCGCAUACGUGAACUUCGCUGAGAAGGGCGUUUGCCGCAGUAUUUCAAUUCCUCGUUGGCCACGUGAAACGUGCGUGCAGAAAGCUGUUUGGGUGACGCAAAGGGCGGAAUCAUGAGCACGGAUCAUCCGGCAGCAAGCGAGCUGCUGGCCAACGCCACCGCGGCAACCAGCGCAGCGGGGGCCGCACUCAGCUCGGCCAAACCGAACAUUCUUGUUCGUCUGACGGACGCACCGGCCGCAGCCCUGGCCAUCGAUCCGAUCAUCAAUCACGUGGGCGAUGGUAUCUUCUUACAGGCCAAGACGGCCCAGAUUUUCGCCGGCAUCUGCGUGUGGAUGGCCCUGUUCAUCACGUGUCAGCAGAUCUAUCAACACCUUCGGUGGUACACGAACCCGCAGGAACAGCGAUGGAUCGUCCGGAUACUGUUCAUCGUGCCGAUCUACGCCACCUACUCGUGGGUCAGUUUACUGUUCUUCAACUCGGAGAGCGUUUACGUGUACUUCUUCACCGUACGGGACUGCUAUGAGGCAUUCGUGAUCUACAAUUUCCUGUCCCUGUGCUACGAGUACCUCGGCGGCGAAGGCAACAUCAUGUCGGAGAUCCGCGGCAAACCGAUCAAAUCGUCGUGCCUGUACGGCACGUGCUGUCUGGCGGGCAAAACGUACACGAUCGGCUUUCUGCGGUUCUGCAAGCAGGCCACCCUGCAGUUCUGCCUCGUCAAGCCGCUGAUGGCGUUCAUCAUCAUCUUCUUGCAGGCCUUCAACCAUUACCACGAUGGCGACUGGAGUGCUGACGGAGGCUACAUUUACAUCACGGUCAUCUACAACAUUUCGGUGUCCCUGGCGCUGUACGGGCUGUAUCUGUUCUAUUUCGCCACGCGAGACCUCCUGACACCGUUCGAUCCGGUGCUGAAGUUCUGCACUGUCAAGUCCGUCAUCUUCCUGUCCUUCUGGCAAGGUGUUGGACUGGCCAUUCUGGAAAAGGCAGAGGUCAUCUCGCCGAUCGUUGACGCCGGAGGAUCGACCACGUCGGCCGGUACGGUGUCGGCGGGCUAUCAGAACUUCUUUAUCUGCAUCGAAAUGCUGUUCGCUGCGAUCGCUCUACGAUAUGCAUUCCCUUAUCAGGUUUACGCUCAAAGCUGUAUGACUGAUGCUCACGGACGAUCGGUGACGAUGCAGUCGAUCUCAAGCAGUCUGAAGGAAACGAUGAACCCGAAAGAUAUUAUGACGGACGCGAUACACAAUUUCCAUCCGCAGUACCAACAGUACACGCAGUACAGCUCAGGAGGCAAAAAUCCACGCGGAAUCCGUGUGUCUUCGUACGAUCCGGAUGAUCCAAGCUACCAGGUGGCGCAGCAGGGCCACGGCGGCAGCGGCGGCGGCAGCGGAAUGAGUAGCGGAGCUACGACCGGUUCAUACAAUGGCAACGGUGACGGUGGUAAUGCCGGCCACGCUGCUGCUGGUAGCUACAUCGCCCCACCGACGUUGGGCAGCCAGCGAAAGUUUAUGCCGGGCGCGUCGGUGCCACAGAAAGUGGCCACCAUCAGCCAGAACUACAAUGAGAAAACGAUGCUCCUAUCGAGCGACGACGAGUAUCAGUAAAUGCGCCACGCGAUCCACGAUGUUAGCACGUUCUGUUUGGUCAGGCCCUUCGAAUUUGUGUUCUUGAAGUUGCAGUCGCGUUGGUCACCCCUUUGUUGUGUGUGUGUGUAUAGGCCCCCCUCGCGUAGUGUUCUGUUUCCUUCUCACGGAUGUCACUUAAAAGAGUUUGUUAUAGGAAAAAUGAGGUGGGACAGAAUCAUAGUACACGUUUUACACGCUAAAUUACCGCGUUCCGGAUCCAGGCUACCAGAGUCACAUUAGAGAGAAUACUAUUUCUAUGUAUAUUUUUUGGUCACGAAUGGUACGGUCACUAUUAUCUCACAAAGGCACAGGCGGACGGAUCGGAUGGGGGAUAUAUGGUAUAGGAGCGCAAGAAUACAAUAAUCCUGCCACAACUUUUAUGAGCGCACUUGCAAAAAUAUAGAGAG